GCUAGUAGCUACAAGCACAAAACGUUGCUUCCGGUUCUAUAAAUUCCCAACCUCCUUUGAACAUUCCAUUUUUCCAUUGAUUCUCAUAACCCACUCCCCAAACAUGGCCUUCAACAUUACCUCCAUUAAAACCUCAUCAAAUGGGGCCUGGCAGGGUGACAAUCCUCUCAAUUUCGCCUUCCCUCUCUUGAUCGUCCAAACCACCUUGAUCCUCGUCGUCAGCCGCUUCCUUGCUCUCCUUCUCAAACCCCUCCGGCAACCCAAAGUCAUCGCCGAGAUACUUGGUGGAAUUCUGCUCGGACCGUCCGCUUUUGGACGAAACAAAGAGUAUUUGACCCGGAUAUUUCCGUCAUGGAGUACUCCGAUUCUCGAAACGGUUGCGACUAUUGGUCUUCUCUUCUUUCUCUUCUUGGUAGGGCUCGAGCUCGAUUUAUCCUCCAUACGCCGGAGCGGCAAAAGAGCUUUGGGUAUAGCACUCGCCGGAAUUUCCCUCCCUUUCCUCUCCGGGAUCGGUGUGGCUUUUGUCCUUAGAAAAACCGUGGAAGGAGCUGAUAAAGUCGGGUAUGGUCAGUUUCUAGUUUUCAUGGGAGUGGCACUCUCCAUCACUGCUUUCCCUGUUCUCGCCCGCAUACUAGCGGAGCUCAAGUUGCUGACAACCCAGGUGGGAGAAAUUGCCAUGGCCGCAGCCGCAUUCAACGACGUUGCUGCAUGGAUCUUGCUAGCCUUGGCUGUUGCCCUUACCGAAGGUGCCGGUGGAGAACACAAAAGCCCAUUGAUAUCAAUAUGGGUGCUACUCUCCGGCGCUGCUUUCGUCAUUUUCAUGAUAGUGGUUAUCCGACCAGCCAUGAAAUGGGUCGCCAAGCGGUGCUCGUCGGAGCGGUACGUCGUUGACGAGGCUUACAUAUGUUUGACUUUAACCGGUGUAAUGGUGUCCGGAUUCAUGACGGACUUAAUCGGAAUCCAUUCCAUCUUCGGCGCCUUUGUUUUUGGACUCACAAUUCCCAAAGGCGGAGAAUUUGCGGAGAGAUUGAUAGAGAGGAUAGAGGAUUUUGUUUCCGGUUUGCUUCUGCCGCUUUACUUUGCAUCUAGCGGACUGAAAACGGAUGUGACAAAGAUAAAAGGGGCGAAGUCAUGGGGGCUGUUGGUGCUGGUUAUAACAACGGCCUGCGCCGGAAAGAUUUUUGGGACAUUUGCGGUGGCGCUGAUGUUCAUGAUACCGGUCAGAGAAUCGUUGACUCUUGGCCUUUUGAUGAAUGCCAAAGGAUUGGUGGAGCUCAUCGUUCUCAACAUUGGGAAGGAGAAGGAGGUGCUUAAUGAUGAGAUGUUCGCCAUAUUAGUCCUCAUGGCACUCUUCACAACCUUCAUGACCACCCCAACAGUCAUGGCCAUCUAUAAGCCAGCCCGUGGUGUCUCCAUGCAUCCUCGUCGGAAAUUGGGCGACCUGGCCAACACUGAAGAGUCCAAGAACGAGCUCCGGAUUCUUGCUUGCCUCCAUGAACUCGGAAAUGUGCCCUCAAUUAUCAGUCUUAUUGAGUCUAUUAGAAGCACCAAGAACUCCUUUCUUAAGCUCUUUAUCAUGCACCUGGUUGAGUUCACUGAACGCUCUUCUUCCAUCAUCAUGGCCCAACGGACCCUUAAAAAUGGGCUUCCCUUUCGCAAUCGUUUCCGCCGUGGCGAGUGGCAUGAGAGAGUUACUGGGGCCUUCCACGCCUACGGUCAAUUGGGCCGAGUCGCAGUCCGGCCCAUCACAACAGUCUCACCGUUGUCCACCAUGGAUGUGGAUAUAUGCCACGCAGCGGAGGAAAAGAGGGUAACGAUGAUCAUCUUACCUUUCCACAAACAAUGGACGGCGGAAACCACGAAGAACAUGGGCCCCGUAUGGAGAGGGGUCAAUCAGAGGGUGCUGAAGAAAGCACCGUGCUCGGUGGCAGUACUCGUUGACCGUGGAUUUGGCAACGGACCCAAUUCUCCUGGACCCGAUGCCUCCGCGGCGCAAAGGGUUUGUAUAGUUUUCUUCGGUGGGCCUGAUGAUCGUGAGGCGCUGGAGUUAGGUGGCAGAAUGGCAGAACAUCCCUUCGUUAAAGUCACCCUAGUGAGAUUCGUCGAGAAAGAGGGUUCGGCGAGUAAGGGCGUCGCUUUACGGCCGUCACGAAGCACGCGCAUCGAAAAGAAUUACAGUUUCUCCACCGCCGAAAUUGACAGAGAAAAAGAAAAGGAGCUUGAUGAGGCUGCGGUGGCGGGGUUUAGGAACAAGGGGGAUGAGAGGCCGGAGUAUACAGAGAAGGCAGCUAACAACAUUGUGGAGGACGUGUUGCGGCUGGGGCAGAGUCGGGCUUAUGAUCUCAUAGUUGUGGGAAAGGGGAGGUUUCCGUCGAGGAUGGUGGCGGGACUGGCGGACCGGCAAGCGGAGCACGCCGAGCUGGGGCCUAUAGGGGACGUCUUGGCCUCGUCAAGACAUGGUGUUGUGUCUUCGGUGUUGGUGGUUCAGCAACACGACGUGGCACGUAUGGUGGAGGCGUCGGUGAAGAAGUUGGCCCAUACUGAUGAGAAGCAGGAAGUCGUUGGAUCAUCCCGUGACGGAGAGAUUUCAAAAGAAAAUGAAAUUGUUUGAUUCUGCAAAAUGGCACAUGUCCACGAGUGUCGACACAAAAUUUUUUCCUAAAUUUGAUGAUAGUUAUAUGUAAUUUUCCAAAAAUACAGCAAUCAUACGAGUGGUUAAAUAUUCACUUCAACUGAAUGCUACCAUGUGAGUAGGUCAGAAGACAAGACGCGGGAAAAGAGAAGCAAAGAACCCAGUCAAGUCAUAUCC